CAUCCCAGGAGGAGGGCAGAAGAAGUUGUGUGGGACAAGCCAGCCCACACAGAAGGAUUCACCCUCCAUCCCAUCUGACCACAGGAUGCUGGAGUUGAGCCUGUCCUGGCUGGGACUCGGGCCGGUGGCAGCCUCCCCGUGGCUGCUGCUGCUGCUGGUCGGGACCUCCUGGAUCCUGGCCUGCGUCCUGGCCUGGACCUUCACCUCCUACAACAACUCUCGCCGCCUCCGAUGUUUCCCACAGCCCCCAAAACGUAACUGGUUCUUUGGUCACCUGGGUCUGAUUCAGAGCUCAGAGGAAGGUCUCCUGUACACACAGGGCCUGGCCAGCACCUAUGGGGAUGCAUGCUGCUGGUGGGUGGGGCCCUGGCGCCCAAUCAUCCGCAUCUUCCACCCCACCUGCAUCAAGCCUGUGCUCUUUGCUUCAGCUGCCAGUGCACCCAAGGAUGUGGUCUUCUACGACUUUCUAAAGCCCUGGCUGGGGGAUGGGCUCCUGCUGAGUGCUGGUGACAAGUGGAACAGGCACCGUCGCAUGCUGACGCCUGCCUUCCACUUCAACAUCCUGAAGCCCUAUAUGAAGAUUUUCACCAAGAGCACAGACAUCAUGCAUGCCAAGUGGCAGCGUCUGAUCAAAGAGGGCCACACCCAUCUGGACAUGUUUGAACACAUCAGCCUCAUGACCCUGGACAGUCUGCAGAAAUGUGUCUUCAGUUAUGACAGCAAUUGCCAAGAGAAGCCCAGUGACUAUAUCGCGGCCAUCUUGGAGCUCAGCGCGCUUGCGGCCAAACGAUAUCAGCAGCUCUUCCUGCACAUGGACUUCCUGUACUACCUCACCCCAGAUGGGCGGCGCUUCCGCAGGGCCUGCCGCCUGGUGCACGACUUCACAGAUAUCGUCAUCCAGGAGCGGCGCCGCACCCUCCCCAAGGAGAAUAUUGAUGACUUCCUCAAGGCCAAGGCGAAGACCAAGACUUUGGACUUUAUUGACGUACUCCUGCUGACCAAGGAUGAAGAUGGGAAGGGAUUAUCAGACGAAGACAUCCGAGCUGAAGCUGACACCUUCAUGUUUGAAGGCCAUGACACCACAGCCAGUGGCCUCUCCUGGGUCCUGUACAACCUUGCAAAACACCCAGAAUACCAGGAGCGCUGCCGGCAGGAGGUGCGAGAGCUCCUGAAGGACCGUGAAUCUAAAGAGAUUGAAUGGGACGACCUGGCUCAGUUGCCCUUCCUGACCAUGUGCAUCAAGGAGAGUCUGCGGUUGCACCCCCCAGUCAUCGUCAUCUCUCGCUGCUGUACCCAGGACAUCAUGCUUCCAGACGGCCGGGUCAUCCCCAAAGGUGUUAUCUGCCUCAUCAGUAUUUUCGGGACCCACCACAACCCAUCUGUGUGGCCAGACCCUGAGGUCUAUGACCCCUUCCGCUUCGAGCCAGAAAACAUCAAGGGGAGGUCACCUCUGGCUUUUAUCCCCUUCUCAGCGGGCCCCAGGAACUGCAUCGGGCAGACAUUCGCCAUGACCUAGAUGAAAGUGGUCCUGGCGCUCACGCUACUGCGCUUCCGCGUCCUGCCAGAUGAGGAGGAGCCUCGCCGGAAGCCAGAGCUGAUCCUGCGCGCGGAGGGCGGACUUUGGCUGCGGAUGGAGCCGCUGAGCCCCGGACACCAAUGACGCACCCACCUUCUGGCCUGAGAUCCGCCCGUAACCAUAGACACCCCACUGCAGAUUCCCAGGAAUAAAUCUGGGACUUCGCUGGCGGUGCAGUGGUUAAGAGUUUGUGCUUCCACUGCAAGGGGCAUGGGAUCCUGAUCUGGGAGCCUACGUCUGUCCCAAAACCUCACUGAGAGCCAGCAG